ACCAUACUCCACGCUUUUUUAUCAGGGUUUUUUCUGGAUCUAUUUCUUUAGGGUUUUGGAUCGAGACUCGGGGCGACGAUGGAAGAUUUGGUAGCGGAAAAGCAUGUGAAGUACAUCCUCUCCGUGGAAAAGAAGAAAGAUGAUUUCGAGUCUCUAGUGUUGGAGCAUCUGAGGAUGAACGGCGCCUAUUGGGGUCUGACCACUCUGGAUCUCCUCCAUAAGCUCGGAGCUGUCGAUCCGGAUGAGGUCAUAUCGUGGAUGAUGGAAUGCUAUCACCAGGAUUGCAGAGGGUUUGGUGGGAAUAUUGGUCACGAUCCGCACCUUCUUUAUACACUCAGUGCCGUGCAGGUUUUGGCCCUUUUUGACAGGCUUGAUGUUCUUGAUAUCGAGAAGGUCUCGGAUUAUGUUGCUGGGCUGCAGAAUGGAGAUGGAUCCUUUUCUGGUGAUAUAUGGGGUGAAACUGACACAAGGUUCUCUUAUUGUGCAAUUUGCUGUCUCUCGAUAUUGCAUCGUCUAGAUAAAAUUGAUGUGGAAAAGGCUGUGAAUUACAUUGUGAGCUGCAAAAAUUUGGAUGGUGGAUUUGGAUCUAUACCUGGAGGGGAGUCGCAUGCUGGGCAGAUCUUCUGUUGUGUGGGAGCCCUUGCAAUCACAGGUUCUCUGCACCAUGUUGACAGAGAUCUUCUUGGCUGGUGGCUAUGUGAGCGGCAAUGUAAAGAUGGAGGGUUAAAUGGCCGCCCUGAGAAGCUUACUGAUGUCUGCUACUCUUGGUGGGUGCUGUCCAGCCUGAUAAUGAUUGAUAGGGUGCACUGGAUUGACAAGGAUAAACUCACUAGGUUCAUCCUAAACUGCCAGGACAGGGAGAAUGGAGGAAUUUCAGAUAGGCCAGAUAAUGCUGUUGAUGUUUUUCAUACCUACUUUGGAGUAGCAGGACUUUCACUGAUGGAAUAUCCAGGAUUAAAGUCACUAGAUCCUGCUUAUGCCUUACCUGUUGAUGUUGUGAAUCGAAUUUUCUUUGGAAAACAGAGAGCCCCUUCACUGCUGGCAAGCUGAGCCCAAGCCCUAUUUAGUGAUUGGGGGAAACCAUGUGAUGGAAAAGAAUUAAAAUCACCGUCAUGGUACAUGGGUUCUGUUCUCAAACAGGUUCGACCAAAGUGAUUGUUCUAAAUUUGAUGAAGAGUUCACUGUACCAAUUUCCUAACACUGGUUCCAAAUUCUUUAAUGUUAGCCCAGUUCUGAUACGAAUCAGUCAUGUUUGUUUACAUGGAAUAAUUUUACAGUAAGUGGGGGUGGAUUUAAUAUUAACACAUGCCAUAUUUUUGUUUGGCAAGUUGAGGAAAA